AUGGCUCAAUUACAAGUAACAGUUAUUGAAGCAAAAAAUUUAAAGAAAAAAGAUACACUUAGUGAAAAUGAUCCAUUUGCAGUAUUAUAUCUUGAUGAUGCACAUUACAAACAAAAAACAAAAACAAAACAAAAUUCGAAAAAUCCGAAAUGGAAUCAAUCAUUUGUUUUUAAUCAUUUAUAUGGACAAGAUAUUCUUCAUGUUGAUGUUUAUGAUGAAGAUUCAGUUAAAAAUGAUAAAAUAGGUUCAGUUGAGAUUGAUUUACGUCCAUUAUAUGAAAAAGAUCAGUGGUUUGAACUUAAAGGAAAACUUGGUUUAAGUUCUCAUGGACAAAUUCAUCUUAUCCUGGAUUUUGAGCGACUUCGAGUGUAG